CCCAAUCUCCACCCCCCGCCCUCCGGGCUCCUGCUCCCGGGAGCCCCGCAAACCCCGCUCCGCCCGCGCCCCGCACAGCACCGAGGCUCCCAGCCCGGUCCGCCCAGCUGCCCCUCCCCGGGGCCAUGGGGGCACCCCCGGGCUACCGACCCUCUGCCUGGGUGCAUCUCCUCCACCAGCUGCCCCGCGCCGACUUCCAGCUCCGACCGGUGCCCAGCGGUUUUGCGCCCCGCGACCAAGAGUACCAGCAGGCCCUGCUGCUGGUGGCAGCCUUGGCUGGGCUGGGAUUGGGCCUGAGCCUCAUCUUCAUCGCCGUCUACCUCAUCCGCUUCUGCUGCUGCAGGCCCCCGGAGCCCCCUGGGGCCAAGAGUCCCCCACCGGGAGGAGGCUGUGUUACCUGGAGCUGCAUCGCUGCCCUUCUCGUGGGCUGUGCGGGCAUUGGCAUUGGUUUCUAUGGCAACAGCGAGACCAGCGAUGGGGUGUCCCAGCUCAGCUCAGCACUGCUGCACGCUAACCACACACUCAGCACCAUUGAUGACUUGGUGCUGGAAACAGUGGAGAGGCUGGGUGAGGCAGUAAGGACGGAGCUGACCACCCUGGAGGAAGUACUGUCAGAACGCGUGGAGCUGGUGGCCGCCACUCGGGGAGCCCGGAGGCAGGCUGAGGCUGCGGCUCAGCACCUGCAAGGGCUGGCCUUCUGGCAAGGAGUGUCCCUCAGCCCAGUGCAGGUGGCUGAAGAUGUGACUUUUGUGGAGGAGUACAGGUGGCUGGCCUACGUCCUCCUGCUGCUCUUGGUGCUUCUGGUUUGUCUCUUCACCCUCCUGGGCCUGGCGAAGCAGAGCAAGUGGCUGGUGGUUGUGAUGACCGCCAUGAGUCUCCUGGUGCUUGUCCUGAGCUGGGGUUCUAUGGGCCUAGAGGCUGCCACAGCUGUGGGCCUCAGUGACUUCUGCUCCAACCCAGACACCUAUGUGCUGAACCUGACCCAGGAGGAGACAGGGCUCAGCUCAGACAUCCUCAACUAUUAUUUCCUGUGCAACCAGGCGGUCUCCAACCCCUUCCAACAGAGGCUGACUCUGUCCCAGCGAGCUCUAGCCAGCAUCCACUCCCAGCUGCAGGGCCUGGAGCGGGAAGCUGUCCCUCAGUUUCCUGCAGCACAGAAGCCCUUGUUAUCCUUGGAGGAGACGCUGAAUGUGACGGAGGGAAGCUUCCACCAGUUGGUGGCGCUGUUGCACUGCCGCAGUCUGCACAAGGACUAUGGCUCGGCACUCCGAGGUCUGUGUGAAGAUGCCCUGGAGGGCCUGCUGUUCCUGAUGCUCUUCUCCCUCCUGUCUGCGGGGGCCCUGGCCACCACCCUUUGCAGCCUGCCCCGUGCCUGGGCCCUCUUCCCGCCCAGUGACGACUACGAUGACGCGGAUGAUGACGAUCCUUUCAACCCUCAGGAAUCCAAGCGCUUUGUGCAGUGGCAGUCUUCCAUUUGAGCCUCCCCUCCAGCCUGGAGCCUGCCUCAUUCGGCUCAGCACCGCUCUGGUUCUGAAAGUCAUAGGCGCAUCCUGACAAUGGAAGAGGCAGAUCCCAGGAAGAGAACAAACCUAGCAUUAGAUCUAAACACGCGUGCAUCCCCAGGAACAAAGUUGAGCUUCCAGUCGCGUGGAAUGUACAAGGCCUGGUGGGUGUCGGAAUGGUGUGCAAUCAACUCGCUUCCUAGCAGCUCAAAUCCAGCACGAGACGUCAGAAAACCCAAGUGUGUGCCAGUCAAGGGACAGAACUGUUCAAAGGGAAAGUAGAAUAUUUGUAUGGAGUGCGGCCAGGGUGAUGUAGAAGGGGAAACUGGAAAGAAGAUGAAAUCUAGACAGGAAAAGAUAAGGCAGCCUAUGAGCUGUGAAGUAAAAACAAACAAACAUGGCAGAGUAAAAAGGGAAAUGUAUUAUCUGGGGAGUAACGCCCAUGUAGUUCUCUUUUAUAAAAAAAAGAUAGCACCUAUGACAAAUAACCCACAGAAACUUCUAUUUAUUUAACAAAAAGACAGCUCAAAUUAAAAGUAAGCAACUGAGAUGAACAUAGGAAAGAAAAAAAAAAAAAAACCCACGACAAACUCAUAAAGUUGUUCAAAUUCUAAUGAUUUCCAAACACAAUGUGCUACUCCCCACCCCAGUACUUACUUAUUGUCUGGUGCUGGUCUAGAAGCCCAGGAAGAGGUGCUCAAAAUAUGCUGCCCAGAUGCUAUGAAUCCCUAGUUAUGUGAAAAAAAAAAA